AUGUCAUCUCUCUUCAAAUAUUCUGCGGUUCUGCGGAUCAUCAAGACGCGUGAGCACUGUCACAGAUUGAAGAGAGAGAAGAAGAAGAUGUUCAAAAAUAAUGCAGAUGAUGUCACCUGUGAGAGAUUGAAGAAGAAGACACAGGAGCUGACAGAGGAGGAGGGAAUUGAGGCCUUGUUCAGGUCUCAAAUGCACUUCAUGAUUCAGAACAUUGAGAAGGCAGCCCUGCUCUCUGAGCAUGUCAAUCUGCUUGCUGCUGAGGUGGAACCUGAGACAGCAGACCAGGAAAUGCGGGAUUUUGAGAUACAGGUUGACCUGGCUGAGAGGGAGCAGUGA